AAGGUUGAGCUGUUGACAGUGCCUGUCAAGUUAAACACCAGAAUGAAUGUCGCUAAAAGUGCUUAUCGAGUAUUUUCUGCAAACUCCUCUGCAGCAUGCACAGAAUUAGCCAAGAAAAUAACAGAGCGUCUGGGUGUGGAGCUGGGGAAGUCUGUGGUCUUCCAGGAGUCUAACAGAGAGACUCGAGUGGAUGUAAAAGAAUCUGUUCGUGGACAGACCAUCUUCAUUAUCCAGACCAUCCCACGGGAUGUGAACACAGCCAUCAUGGAGCUGCUUGUCAUGGCUUAUGCCCUCAAGACCUCUUGUGCAAAAAACAUCAUUGGAGUUAUUCCUUACUUCCCCUACAGCAAGCAGUGCAAGAUGAGAAAAAGGGGCUCAAUAGUGUGCAAGUUGUUAGCUUCCAUGUUAGCCAAAGCAGGAUUAACACACAUAAUCACCAUGGACUUGCAUCAGAAGGAGAUCCAGGGCUUCUUCAGCUUUCCUGUGGACAACUUGCGUGCCUCCCCUUUUUUGAUUCAGUACAUUCAAGAAGAGAUCCCUGAUUACAGAAAUGCCAUCAUUGUGGCAAAGUCCCCUGCUGCAGCUAAAAGGGCUCAGUCCUAUGCAGAAAGACUGCGUCUUGGUCUGGCUGUGAUCCACGGCGAAGCUCAGUGUUCAGAGUCUGACAUGGCUGAUGGAAGACACUCCCCACCAUGUGUACGCAACACAACAGGACACACAGGCCUGGAGCUUCCUUUAAUGAUGGCCAAAGAGAAACCUCCCAUUACUGUGGUUGGGGAUGUGGGAGGAAGGAUUGCGAUCAUCGUGGUUGUGGUGACCAACACAGUUCCCCAUGAAGUACAGAAGCUGCAGUGUCCAAAGAUCAAAACUGUGGAUGUCAGCAUGAUAUUAGCUGAGGCUAUCCGCAGGAUCCACAAUGGCGAGUCCAUGGCUUACUUGUUCCGCAACAUCACUGUGGAUGACUAGUGGCAUCAGAGGUUGUCAGUGAUAGAGAGCAAGUCAUAAUUUCCUGUGUUAUACAUGUUAAAAAAAAAAAGCAAUGUAAGUCAUUUGAAGCGAUUCUAUAAAUUGCCCAAAGUUAUUUAUCUUCUUACCAGAAGUUAUUAAAAAAUAUUUCACUUGUUAAAAACUGAUACGUUUUCGGGCGUGUCGUGGAUAUUAUAAAAAACAAGACCUGUUUCAGUUUUUUAAGGCACGUCUCGCUGCUCUCAUUCAUUUCACUUGAACAAAAGAUGCUUUGCAUUGGUAUUAUUUUGUCAUACUCGAACAGUACCUCCUAUCUAGUGACUGAGCUUAAUCUGCAAAGGAGAAGAGCUGGCAAGAAUUUGUUGGCUUUACUAACCAACACCUUGCCAGGUCUUGUGAUCAGGGCUGCUCAGGCACUGAUUUCUUUGCACUGAACGAGGCAUGUUUCAUCUAAUGAGUAAGAACAAGUAUACAAACUGUAGUUCUCAAAUGAUCAUUUUUAUGCAGCUUUUCUUUGCAUCUUCUGUGGAAAUAUUUGGGGAAAUAAAAAUG